GAAAAGUUAGGUAGCCAAGAAGUGUGGAGGGAAGCUGGUGGGAACAUUUUUGAAGAUUGCUGUGUGGAAAUAACUCCACUUCUUAGUCUAGAACAACAUUAUGCGCAGGGGGUUGCAAUGAUAAAACAAUGGGCCACAUUUUUUGUCCCUGCUGGUUCGGAAUGGGGUUUCUCUUGGUUUCUGUCUGGCCAAGCGGUUCUACUACCCAAGUAUGCACAGGGACCGAUAUGAAACUGCAGCCGCCCUCAAGUCCAGAAAACCAUCCAGACACCCUCCGUUGGCUCUAUGAGCAUUGUCAGGUUGUGCAGGGCAAUUUGGAGAUCACAUACCUACCAGCAGAUGUGGAUACAUCCUUUCUCAAAGACAUCAGAGAAGUCCAGGGAUAUGUGUUAAUAGCCAAGAAUCACAUGCGCCAUUUGCACCUGAACAGCCUCUUGAUCAUUCGUGGGACACAGCUCUAUGAGGAGAAGUAUGCACUGGCUGUCCUAGACAAUGCUGAUCCCAGUGGAGACGUGGGGCUGCAGGAACUGGGCAUGUUGAAGCUAACAGAGAUCUUAAAAGGUAGUGUGAUUAUAGAGAGGAACCCCCAGCUGUGCUUCCAAGAGACCAUACAUUGGAAAGCUAUCUUCCAUAAGUAUAACUCGCAAAACUAUACAGAGAUCAGCAGCCAUCGCCGUAGGAACUGCCCUGACUGCAGCCAAAUCUGCCCACAUAAUAACCACUGCUGGGGAGAAGCAAAAGGGAGCUGUCAAAUAUUGACAAGUACAAUCUGUGCCAGCAGCUGUCCAAGGUGCAAAGGAGGACACCCAACAGACUGUUGCCAUGAACAGUGUGCAGCAGGCUGUACAGGACCCAAGCAUUCUGAUUGCCUGGCCUGCCUCCACUUCAACCACAGUGGCAUAUGUGAACUGCACUGUCCACAGUUAAUGAACUACAAUCCAGAUACUUUUGAAAUUAUGCACAACCCAAAUGGACGCUACACUUUUGGAGCAACUUGUGUCCCUCAUUGCCCUUAUAAUUACUUGGCUGCAGAGGUAGGCUCUUGCACUCUGGUGUGUCCUCAGAACAGUCAAGAAGUGAGCAGGGGUACCACACAGAAAUGUGAGAAAUGUGACAGUUCCUGCCCAGAAGUCUGCUAUGGUUUAGGAAUGGAUUUCCUGAAAGGCGUUCGGGCUGUCAAUGCCUCUAACAUCCACCACUUUACUGGCUGUACCAAGAUCUUUGGCAGUUUAGCCUUUCUGAAAGAGACCUUUGCAGGAGAUCCUGCCACAAAUACCCCACCCCUACAACCUGAACAGCUUGAAGUAUUUGUGCAUCUGAAAGAUUUAACAGGGUUUCUAUACAUUGAAUCCUGGCCAGAGACUCUCUUGGACUUGAGCCCUUUCCAGAAUCUUCAGGUGAUCCGAGGGCGGGCACUUUACAAUGGAGCUUAUUCGCUAACACUGCAAAACCUCAACAUAUCAUGGUUGGGCCUACGUUCACUGCAAGAGGUCAGUAGUGGCAUGGUCCUUAUCCACCACAAUCCCAACCUUUGCUUCAUCCAAAAUGUUCCUUGGGGCGACAUCUUCAGAAACCCUCGACAGAAGCUAUUCCACAAUGACAACAAUUCGCCUGAGCAAUGUGAUCUCCAAGGCCAAGUUUGUUAUUCUCUGUGCUCCCAGGGACAUUGUUGGGGACCAGGGAAAACUCAGUGUGUGUCCUGCAGUGGCUUUCUCCGUGGGAAGGAAUGCAUUGAGAAUUGCAAUGUUCUGGAUGGGGAUAUCCGAGAAUAUGUCAAUGGGACACGCUGCUUUACAUGUCAUCCAGAAUGCAUGCCCCAAAAUGGGACUGAAUCUUGCUAUGGAUCGGAGGCAGACCAGUGUAUAGCUUGUGCCCAUUACAAAGAUGGACUUUCCUGCGUGGAGCGGUGUCCCAGUGGUGUGAAGCUUGAUGGCUCUUUCUUACCUGUCUGGAAGUACCCUGCUGAAGACAAUGUCUGUCAGCUCUGUCCAGUCAACUGUACCCUUUCAUGUGCAGUACGGGAUGAAUUUGGCUGCCCUGUGGAUCAGAAGCCCAGCCAUGCUAGUUCAAUCAUUGCAGGUGUGGUGGGUGCUGCCCUUGCCCUGCUUCUGUUGCUUCUCACUAUUAUUUGCAUCAGUCGACGGAAGCAGCAAGAGAGGAAACAUACCAUGAGGCGUCUUCUGCAAGAAACUGAGUUAGUGGAGCCUUUGACCCCGAGUGGAGCUCUUCCAAACCAGGCUCAGAUGCGUAUUCUCAAGGAGACAGAACUGAAAAAAGUCAAGGUUUUGGGGUCAGGUGCCUUUGGAACAGUGUAUAAGGGUGUGUGGAUUCCAGAUGGAGAGAAUGUGAAGAUCCCAGUAGCUAUCAAAGUCCUGAGGGAAAACACUUCACCUAAAGCCAACAAGGAGAUUUUGGAUGAGGCAUAUGUUAUGGCAGGUGUAGGCAGCCCUUACGUCUCUCGGCUGUUGGGAAUCUGCCUCACCUCCACAGUGCAGCUUGUGACUCAGCUCAUGCCAUACGGCUGCCUUCUGGAUUACGUGCGGGAGAAUAAGGACCGCAUUGGAUCCCAAGACCUCCUCAACUGGUGUGUGCAGAUAGCUAAGGGCAUGAGCUAUCUGGAGGAUGUCCGUUUGGUUCACCGGGACUUGGCUGCCCGGAAUGUCCUGGUGAAGAGCCCAAAUCAUGUGAAGAUUACAGAUUUUGGGUUGGCCCGACUGUUGGACAUUGAUGAAACAGAAUAUCACGCUGAUGGAGGGAAGGUGCCUAUCAAGUGGAUGGCUUUAGAGUCCAUCUUGCGCAGACGAUUUACUCAUCAAAGUGACGUGUGGAGCUAUGGUGUUACUGUUUGGGAGCUGAUGACUUUUGGUGCAAAGCCUUAUGAUGGUAUCCCAGCCCGGGAGAUUCCUGAUCUUUUGGAAAAAGGAGAGAGAUUGCCCCAGCCUCCCAUAUGCACCAUUGACGUCUAUAUGAUUAUGGUUAAAUGCUGGAUGAUUGACUCAGAAUGCCGGCCUAAGUUCCGAGAAUUGGUUACUGAGUUCACCCGCAUGGCUAGGGAUCCUCAGAGGUUUGUGGUUAUUCAGAAUGAUGAAAAGAUGGGUCUUGCCAGCCCCAUAGACAGCACUUUCUAUCGCACUUUGCUGGAGGAAGAAGACAUGCAAGACUUGGUGGAUGCAGAAGAAUACCUUGUCCCCCAUCAGGGAUUUUUCAGUGGUGAAACAUCAGCUGACUAUCGAUCUAGGAUGUCCUUCACAAGAAAUGUUCUAGAGACUCAAUUGGAUGCAGAAGAGGCUGAGGAGUCUCCUCAAUACCCAUACUUGGGGCCACCCCUUUCUGAAGAGUCAGAAAGUAUCCCCACUGAUGUGCGUGAGGAAGACUAUGCAGCAAGCAAAGCAGGGCAGAAUUCAGCACCUUUGCAGUCACCUGAUUCUUUUCUUCAGCGCUAUAGUGAAGAUCCCACGAGUCCGGCAAUUAAUGAAAAGGAGAAUCCUGAUAAUAAGAGCUACGCUACACCAUUAAGCUUGGCUCUCAUACCAGAGUAUGUAAAUCAACCAGAAAACAACCUUCCACCCAACAAAAACCUACGAUUACCAGGAUCUACACUAGAAAAGCAAAAAAGGCACAUGGGCAAAAAUGGGCUUGUCAAGGAACCAAAGAAUGCAUUCUUUGUGAGUUUCACCAGUGCAGUGGAAAAUCCAGAGUACCUGACACCAUGCAGUGUCCCUGCGUCUAGCCCUUUACCACAGGCUUUUGACAACCUUUACUAUUGGAACCAAGAAAAUCCUAAGUGCAAUCCAGCAGAAUUCUUUGCCACCUCCAUUGUUCCUCCUGCUGCUACCAAUGGCUUUCCUCCAACCCCAACAGCAGAGAACCUGGAGUAUUUAGGACUGUCAGAAUCAGUCACUUGUUCCAAGGACUUUGCAUAAAAACUAUUUCUCAUGACCAGUCAAAUUGACUUUUACAAUCAAGACACCUCAGGAUACAAACCCAGUGAAUUACCCAUGCAUGAUGAACACGGUUAAAGCCUAAUGGUCCUUUUAAGGCCCAAUAGGGUUGUUUCUCUCAUGUCUCCUAGCUCUUGGGGAAAGAAGAUGGUGGGCACAUUUGGAUCUACUGCAAUAGAAUAGCAUGGCUUUUACUCCCUCUUAUUUAAUACUGGCAAUAGCAAGAUUUUCCCUUUGCUACUGCCCUAAGAUGUGCUGUUGAAAGUUUUGGGGUCCAAGUAUGGAUUUUUGUUUGGCUGGAUUGCAAGUUUUGGUCAGUAUAGUACUAGUAAUUAAACAUAUUAGUUGGCUCAGAAUUUUGCAACACUAAGUAUAUUUCCAUCACCCCACAUAUCAGAUGGCGGACAGUAGUUUUAAAUAAAAAGAGGUUUAAUAUCCUGCAAACUUGAAGUCUGCCCAUUUCUGGGCUAUAAGGCACUACAUCUGUGACAUUCCUCUGAUUCAAGCAACUCAGCUGCCAUUUGGGUACUUCAGCAGAAUGGAGUGCUCUUUUACUUCUCACCACACCUGUAGUCCCUGCUUUUAAUGUCUUGGGCUUCAAGAUAAGAGGGUCAAGCUACUAGAAGGGCCUGAAAAACUGCAAGUUGGAAUUAUAAUACAUUAAGAAGAGUGAAAACAUGAUUUUUGGAAAUUUUAUUAUUGCUUAAACAGAUAUUCUUCAACCUUAGGGUGGGACUAAUAUGCCGUUAUAGCAAAGUAGAACAAAAUAAUUUAAAUUUUUUCAACAAGGUAUCUUAGAACAAAGAAAGUUUUCCUUAGUGACAAAUUAGUUUUGCCGUGGUCUUUAAAAUUACAAGAAGUUUCUAGAAGAGCUAGUUGAGGAACCAAAACAAUUGUAUUUAGUUUAGUUUAGUGAUUCUAAUUCAGAAAGGGAAUAUAUUUGGAUUGGAAAGUAGUUGAUAUAUAUUAUAUGAUCUUUGACACACCACCAAGAGUACUGACAAAAAGCAUCUAACAUGUUGCUUUAGAGACAAUAGUAGAAGUUAGUUUCUCAAUAGGCACAGUAUGCCUCCUUUGUGUUUUUGAAAAAAAAUUUUAAGAAAGUGAAAGCUGCACACAUGCCUCCAAUAUAUGAAAGGGCAGACUGAUAGUGAGUGCCAAUUGUAGAUUUCUAAGAACCUUGCUUUUAAGAAUGGGUCCAGCAUUAAUGGAGGCAAAUAUAUGUUUGAAGUGCAUAUAUACAUAUAUGUCUUCUAAAUCAUAGGAGCCAGAGACAUAACUGAAUAAGAUUGUCAGAAAUGGUGGGUGAAUUCUUGGUAUUCUGCAUAACUUUCUCUCAUGCAGUCAAAGCUAGAG